AUGGAGGAGUUGGCAGAGUAUCACGGGCCCAUUGGUAAGAGAAGAGCAGAAGAGCUCUUGAAUGUGGCAGGCAGCAAUGGCAGCUAUCUGAUCAGAGACAGUAUGAGCUCACCGGGUUCUUACUGCAUCUGUGUGCUGUGUGACAGAUGGGUGUACACCUACAGAGUAUUCAAACAAGCGGAUGGCUUCUGGACAAUGGAGACGGCUCCUGAGAUGAAGCAAAGACUCUUUAGGAAAGUCAAUAGCCUCAUUGCUGCCUUUAAAAUCCCAGACCAAGGCAUCUCAUUUCCUCUUCUCUAUCCUGUAAAAAAACCCUAAACAUAAACAACCUGAAAACUGUUCCUAAAUUUUGUAAAUGUAUGAAAAUGUAUUUUUGUAUAUUUUUCUAAGUAACAAAUAUUCUGAAUUAUGCAGCAUACUUGUUUUCCUGCUUUUUGGGGUAAUGGGGUGGCACUACAC